CCCCAUCAUCGAAUCCCCCGACCAUUUCCGCCCGAGUAAGCGUGUGAAUCUCUUCAUUGUCCAAAUAAUAAUAUCUCCCUCGCCUACGAGGAGAAGCGGCGCGAGAUCGAGAUCGAGAUCUCAGAGGAAUCGCGCGAUGGAGAAGGCGAUCGAGAGGCAAAGGAUCCUCCUCACCCACCUCCUCCCAUCAUCAUCAUCAUCAUCGUCAUCUUCGAUUUCUCCGAGCGAUUCGUCGCUUCUCGCGGCUUCGGUUUGUGCUGCGGGUGAUAGUGCUGCUUACCAGAGGAGUUCUUCGUAUGGAGACGAUGUCGUCGUCGUGGCUGCUUACCGAACUCCUAUCUGCAAGUCCAAACGAGGGGGUUUUAAGGAUACAUAUCCUGAGGAUCUUCUAACUGCUGUUCUCAAGGCACUUUUGGACAAUACUAAACUGAAUCCAAGUGAUGUUGGUGAUAUUGUGGUUGGCACCGUCUUGGCACCAGGUUCCCAAAGAGCAACAGAGUGCAGGAUGGCAGCUUUUUAUGCUGGUUUUCCAGAAACUGUUCCUGUUAGAACAGUGAACCGCCAAUGUUCAUCUGGUCUUCAGGCAGUUGCUGAUGUUGCUGCUGCCAUAAAAGCUGGUUUCUAUGACAUAGGAAUUGGAGCUGGACUAGAAUCAAUGACCAUGAACAGUGUUGCUUGGGAAGGAUCAAUAAAUCCGAAAGUUAAUGCAUUCCAAAAAGCACAGGAUUGUCUUCUUCCCAUGGGAAUCACUUCUGAGAAUGUUGCACAUCGGUUUGGUGUGACCAGACAGGAACAAGAUCAGGCUGCUGUUGAAUCUCAUAAGCGAGCAGCUGCUGCAACCGCUUCCGGUAAAUUUAAAGAUGAGAUAGUUCCAGUGACAACAAAGAUUAUAGAUCCAAAAACUGGAGAAGAAAAACAAGUUACAAUUUCUGUUGAUGAUGGAAUAAGGCCAGAGACAUCGUUAUCCGGUCUGGCAAAGCUCAAACCAGUAUUUAAGAAGGAUGGGAGCACGACUGCUGGCAAUUCUAGUCAAGUAAGCGAUGGUGCUGGAGCAGUCCUCCUCAUGAGGAGAGACGUAGCAAUGAGGAAAGGAUUUCCUAUAUUUGGAGUUUUCAGGAGCUUUGCUGCCGUUGGAGUGGAUCCUGCUGUUAUGGGCGUUGGUCCUGCUGUCGCAAUUCCUGCUGCAGUAAAAUCUGCAGGUCUUGAAAUUGGAGAUAUUGAUCUUUUUGAAUUAAAUGAGGCUUUUGCGUCUCAAUUUGUAUUCUGCUGCAAGAAGCUGCAGCUGGAUCCAGCAAAAGUAAAUGUGAAUGGAGGAGCAAUCGCUCUUGGGCAUCCUUUGGGUGCAACAGGAGCCCGUUGUGUGGCCACUCUGCUGAACGAAAUGAAGCGUAGAGGAAAGGAUUGCAGAUUUGGUGUUGUCACCAUGUGCAUCGGAUCUGGAAUGGGGGCUGCAGCAGUUUUCGAAAGAGGUGACGGUGUUGAUGAACUCUCCAAUGCCAAGAAGAUCGAAUCCCAAAAAUGGUUAUCGAAGGAUGCUGUGUAAAGCCCUUCAUUUUAAGUUUUGCAAAAGCGUUUUUAAUAAAAAACCAAACUGAGAAAUUAGGUAAAUUAUGGCUUGGGGCUGAUAUGAAAUAUGUCUAUAAGCCCAUGCGAUGGACUCGAAUAGUACAUGAAUACACCACUCAAGUGACCGAACAAAUAACCUUCGUGAUCUUUACUCAUAUGCAUUUGUUAAGGCACAUGUAGAUGCCUCGAUUCUACUCUUUGUUUAUGCACUGCUCAAGCAUAAAUAGCCAUAAGUUUCUUAUGAAGGUUUGAAUAUACCUUUUUUUUUUUGGUUUGAGAAAUAGUAGCUUGCUACCGUUUCAUUUAUCAAGAGCUUUCUUUUA